GCCGAGGAUUUCGUGGCGCUGCGUGAACGCGGACCGGGGUGCCGCUUUGUCACCACCGAAAAUUCAAAGAGCUUGCUCAGAGUCGACGGCCAUGCACAGAGCGAGAGUGAUUGCGCGCCGGGGGAACAGGCUUCCCAAACAAUGCAGACAGCUGCAGCACCUUGCGCCGAGCCCGUCAGUCCAGCUGACGACGCUCCCCAACAAGAUCAGAGUCGCAACGGAGCGCACACCCGGUCACUUCUCCUCUGUCGGACUCUAUGUCGAUGCGGGUUCACGCUAUGAGACCCCGGACAUACUGGGAGUUAGUCACUUCCUGGACAGGAUGGCGUUCAAGUCCACGAAGAACCGCACGGAAGAGGAGAUGGCCGCUGCCAUCCACUCACUCGGCAGCCAGAUCCUCUGCUCAUCAACACGGGAGGCGCUUAUGUACCAGUCCUCACACUUCCACGACGGCACACCACUCGCGGUCUCUUUGAUAGCAGACACCGUAUGCAACCCCAGGUUCACGCCAGAGGAAGUAGAGGCCCAGCGUGACGCGGCAGCGUACGAGGUCCGCGAGAUCUCCUCCAAACCCGAGAUGAUACUCCCGGAAAUCCUGCAUGGUGUCGCAUACAACCACACCGGCUUGGGGAACUCGCUUCUUUGCCCGCCAGAGCGAAUAGACAAGAUCACCCCGGAAACAUUGCGGCGAGCCAUGGACCUCUGGUACAAGCCGGAGCGCAUGGUUGUCGCAGGGGUCGGCAUGCAACACGAAGAACUCGUCGAGCUCGUCGACAAGCAUUUCGCGUCGCUCAAAACCGCCUCUGCACCUUCCCCACAAUCGCGCGCCGCUUCCCAGCAAACUCCGCAACAUCUCCUCAACCCCCAUACCCCCUCCGUCACGAAGACGCUCACCCGCGCGGCGUCAUAUCUAUUCCCCAAUUCUGUCAACGACGCCCCCUCCCAACUCACCACUCAAUCAACAUAUACUGGCGGCCACGAGCACAUCCACGACACGUCGACCGAGUUCAACCACCUGUACAUCGCGUUCGAGGGCGGUGGGAUCAACGACGAGGAUAUCUUUGCGCUCGCGACCAUGCAGGUUCUUCUCGGCGGUGGCGGCUCGUUCUCCGCGGGCGGCCCCGGGAAGGGCAUGUACUCGCGCUUGUACACGCACAUCCUCAACCACUUCCCGCAGAUCGACCACUGCGCGUCGUUCCACCACAUAUACACCGACUCGUCGUUGUUCGGCCUCUUCGCGUCCUUCGUGCCGGCCUCGUCUGGCCUCCGUGGCGGGAACACGCCCGGGCAGAUCCUGCCGCACCUUGUCCACCAGUUGAGCUUGCUCCUGUAUACCGCGGUACCGGAGAAGGAGCUCGAGCGCGCCAAGAACCAGCUCAAGUCCAGCAUGAUGAUGGCCCUCGAGAGCCGCGCCGUCGAGGUCGAGGACCUUGGGCGUCAGCUUCUCGUCGGCAACCGCCGCGAGCCCAUCGAGGAGAUGGUCGAGAAGAUCGACCGCCUCACGCCCGCCGACAUCCAGCGCGUCGCCACCCGCUUCUGGGGCCACGGCUCCGAGCGCAAGCCGACCGUCGUGUGCAUGGGCCACGAGCACACCGGCGACUGGCAGAGCGUGUUCCGCAAGUACAGUGUCUCCGUCUGAGCGCGUUCAGUGACUUUUCUUGGUCCUGUCUGUGUUGUCGCGUCGAUGCACUGUUUGUCUAUCGUACUUACUCCUAAUGGAACACUUGUAUCAUUUAUCACCAUUCAACGAGAGCAUGCCUGAUAUUGCACAGCAA